CACGAUAAGAAGAGCAUGGAUAUACGAGCGAAGAAUGAUCGAAGAAAGAUCGAAUAAGGUCUCGUCCUUGUCUUUGGACUUUAGGACGAAAGACAGUGGAAAGGUCGGCGCUCUCCUCUUUGCCGGAUAGACGUUGUGUCUCUCUCCGCAACAAGUACGACAAGUAUUCGUGAGUGACGUCAUGGAUCGAGGACUACCCCUCGUACGUAUCUAUCGACCUAUGGCGAUCGAUAAACGUCGGCGGUCUUCAAUAAGGAUAUAUAUCGAUGUCGCCAUAGUCAGUCCCUUCCCAUCUCCCUCUCCCCCCUAUGGAAGAUUUUCAACGGUCAAGAAAAUUUAUCGUCGAAUUUUAUUUAAUUAUAUUCUUCUUCAAAUGUUAGGUGAAAUUGAAUUCUCGCGUGAUCUUUAACGCAGGUACGAAAGAACAGUUUCUUCUAACCUUAAUUUAACUUAAAAGGACCAUGACAGCGAUCUGCUUCGUGUGUAACCUGCCGAUCCUGAGUCACCAGGUCGGAUUAAUAUGGCAAGGAGGAAAUGGUUGGGACGAUCUCAUGCGAGAGCAGGUGGAGGAGACAACUUUGAGACAAAGAUUAGGUACAGGAAGAAGAGACUCGGCGACACAGAUCACGUCGAUAUCACCACCAAACGAGAUCCAGGAAUCAUCGCCUACGAAUCAACGACGAAGAAGGUCGAGUUUGGCCCAAUUGACGGAUAUAAUAAGAGAAUGGGGUGGUGGAGGAACAGGUGGAAAAAGUGGGCGUAGUAGUAAGCUGUAUCGUAGAGAAACAUUGGCCGACAUUGCUAAAUCUUUACCGUGGUCGAGACAGACAACAUCGGACGCUAGUCAUCUUGCCAGUUUGAGAAAAAAACGUGAAAAUUCGGAGGACAGCGGUAUAAGGAGUCAAGCUUCUACAAGAUCGAGAAAGGAUUCGACCAUAAGUGAUUUUAAAAGUGAUCUAGCCAGAUUAUGGAGUAAGAGAGAUGUUCAACCGCAACAACCACCAACUGUUAUCUCACCAACACCAAGACGAGGUUCGGGCGAAAGUGCAAGAUCGAGAAGGGAUUCCAUUAUAGCCGGACAAAUUCCUAGUCCAAGCGAGCGAAGGCACAAUUGCCGUCAUCACAAACGUCGACAAUCUCAACAAUCGCAGCAAUCGGUCGAAGGUGUCGGCGUCACGCCUACUAAAUAUUACAUCAAUGAUCAAAGACCGAGUGCUUCCAGCACCGAUAGCGGUGCCAGUAAUAUUGCUAGAGAUCACACAGAUACGCGUAGAAAUUCAACGGACAAGAGCGAAAGGUCGAGCAGUUUUGAAUCGAAAAGUCAAACACCAAUGCUAUCGACGGAAACAAAGGCGUCAACACCCACUACAUUAAGCAUGACUAUCGAUGGUAAAGCUAUGACUAGUAUUGCAACAGAAACUAAAACAUCCAGCGUUACUACAGGAACAAGUAUGUCGAGUACUUUGACCGUCAAUGCGAGACCAUCGCCAGAAGUUAAGACUCUUACUUUGGAACCAUCAGUCAAUACUCCGGCCAUUAUAAUGUCCUCUGUAACACCACCGACUGUUUCACCUGUAACUGGAAGUAGUCUCCCACUUCCUGGCACUUCGACUACCGGUAGUUCUAGUCCAGUUGGAUCACCUAGUGUCAAUGCAGCACAUCCCUUGUUAGCUACUCGAAGAGAUUCCACCACGCAAUGUUAUUACAAAGGAAAAGAAGCAUCGCCAAAUAAAUUAUCAAAAUUAACGCGGCAGGCAGCGGCAAUAGACGAAUCCGUGCCUCCUGUUGGACGACGUGGUAGUCAACCAACGUUAUCACCUGAUCCAGAUGACGGAGGACGAAAAGCACGCAGAGAUUCGCUCAGUCCGGAUUCCGCGUCUUAUCCAAGACGUCGUGAUUCGAAGAGUCACUUGAGCCCUGAUAGAACGGUCGAUAAGAGAGAUAUCAGUCCAAGUAGACAGAAGAAAGCUCAAUUGAGAAGACAGUCAACUUCAUACGCUCAACCACAAAGAUCACCGAGUGGAUCGUCCUGUUCGUCGAGAGAUCCAAGCCCUUGUGCGCGUGCACCUCUUCAACACUCUCAAACAAUGCGAAGACAAUCGACUACAACCGAAGAGAUCCUAAUAGCACGUGGAUUUCGACGACAAAGCACAACCGAAGAGAUGAUAAGAUGUCGAAAUUUUCGUAGACAAAGUUCUCAAAACGAGGACACGGUGGGUCAUCCUUACCAAGUUCAAAGAUAUCGAGGACGAAGAGACAGUUCGGCACAAAUCACCGACGGAACUUUUGCUACAAUGACGGUCGAGACUUCGAGCACUUUUUUCGAUAGCAGCACUCAGACUGAACCAUCGUCGUUGUACGACAACAACCACUACCACGAGGAGUGCCUAAAAUGUAACAGCUGCGGCGUCAAUCUGACGGGAAUCAAUCAGAAAAGGGCGAGGCGGUUCAAAAAUCAGAUACUUUGCGAUCUGCACUUUGCCGACGUGGCGCUGAUGGAGUGCUCGGACUUCAUGCAGCUGUUGCGCAGCUUCAAGCCACAUAGUUUAGGCAACGCGGUUGCCAGAAGAAAAUCUUCUAACACAUUGAUCUUCCUUUUACCAUCGCAAGCUUGUUCAGAUGAAUUCUGUCAAGAGUAUCCGCACAACUUUAUACCAGCGCCUGGUUAUUGGAUCGAAUGUUCGAGGCAACAGAUCACUACUGAUCUUAGCAACGAAAGAAGUGUCAGGGAUGGUAUAGAUCCUGAUGAAAUCGAGGACAAUCAAUUUUCCUUGUCCGAGGAAAGAGAAUUUGAGACGAACGACGUACCGAAAAAGAAAACGGCGAUCGAGGAACAAUGGGAAAAGUAUCAAUGUUUCGAAUUGACAUCGGUCGAACAGGAAACGUAUGAGAAGUACUUUUACGCUUCGGAACAUUGGAAUUAUUUCACCAACGACGAAGAUCUUGGCCCUGUUAUACUCAGUAUCAAACAGGAGACACUCAAUGGACGUGAUCAAUUUAGGAUACUCGUAAGGGCUAUCAGUUAUACGGUACAUGGACUUAUACCAGCCAGCUGUGUCUUCGCUGAUCGGUACAAUCGAGAAGAGGUAGUACGUAGUCUUGGCAAAGAGGUGAACAUCAAUCCACCGUUGACGCUUGGUCAAUUGCCGGACACCCCAGAGGAACUUCUCAAGCUCGACCAAGCUUUCAUCAAGUCGGAGGUUAAAGUUGGAGUGAUAUAUGUGAGAGAAGAACAGUGUACCGAAGAGGAGAUACUCGAUAACAACGAGAACUCACCGCUUUUCGAAGAAUUCCUUCAGAUUCUGGGUGAUAAGGUCAGACUAAAGGGAUUUGACAAAUACAAAGGUGGCCUUGAUACCGUUCACAAUCUAACUGGGAUUUAUUCGGUCUAUACUAAUUGGCGAGGCAUUGAAAUUAUGUUUCAUGUGUCGACCCUAUUGCCCUACGAGAAACACGAUACGCAAAAGCUUCAAAGGAAAAGACACAUUGGCAACGACAUUGUCUGCGUUGUAUUUCUGGAAGCUGAUAAAACAAGAUUCAAUCCUGCCUGUAUAAAAUCACAUUUCUUGCACACGUUUAUAUUGGUACGUGUGAGUCCUGCUGCUCAAACUAAGAGCCCUCAAAAAGAGGUUACCAAAUACGAGGUGUCCGUAGUUACCAGAGACGAAGUUGGAGCUUACAAACCAUAUCUUUGGGAACAGAGUGUCUUUGAAAAAGGUCCGAUGUUCCGGGAAUGGAUAUUAACCAAAAUUGUUAAUGGCGAAAGAGCGAGUUACUCCGCACCUAAAUUUGCAAGAAUGCAGGAGAGAACGAGAAGUCAGAUGAUGGAGGAUAUCGUCACUAAUUUGAUCAAUCAUGCGGAAACUGGUCAAAUUCCAAAACCAUACAGACGAGGAUCCUGGAGACCGAUUGGACAUAUGAGGCCAUUUUCACCACUCUUAGACUCCGUUCGUGAUAAAUUCGAGGAUUACGAUCAGCUAGCUAAAGAUUUCACUAAAGUAUUCUUAAACAAUACUGAAAAUGUUUCCUUGAAUGCCAAUCUCUUCGACGUAUCCUUCCUUGUACCUGGUCAACAGAAACAAAAGGUCCGAUUUAUUGGAGUUAGAGCUAUCUUGGCUGUCAGGAGCAGAGUCUUUCAAGAAAUGUUAUAUGGAAUUCAAGCAGGAUUUGGAAGUCCUCAAGUACCAGUUGCCGAAUUGUUAGCAAGACCAGCACCUACCUUGCUCAGUCCGCAAAAACCAAAGAGUUCUAAUUUCCUACAAGUUCCCGACAUGGAAAGUCCUAGGCCCAAAAGCGUGCCCUCGUCGCCGAUGGUGAAACGUGCCAUCUCGAGGCUUGGAACAAUCACUGCCGGUUGGGGAAGGAGCAUCAGGAAACACGGAAGUAAUACGUUGCAGAGCGAGGAUCGUAAACGGUGGGCAAGUUCACAGGAUUGCAGCAAUAAAGACGCGAAGGACAAGGAUAAAGCUGCCGAAUAUUUGGCUGUUCCAAGACUCAGCGUUUACGCUGACGCACAGAAGGUCGAUCGUGCGAAACUUGCCCAAACCGAGUUCGACGUGAUCGAGUUCGAUCCGGAAACCUUCAGAAUCUUAUUGGACUAUCUACAUACUGGCUCUUGUCCUUUGACCUGCAGCAAUAUACCAGGUCUGAUAUGCGCAGCCGAACACUAUGAUUUGCCUGAAUUACUUCAAGCUUGUUUCCAUCACGCUAAACAAUAUCUACGUAUCGAAAUAGUCUGCGUGAUGUUGUGCGCCCUUGAGAAUUAUUAUUGGCGUUACACAUCGGCAAACGAUUUGAUCGACAUGAUAUUAGCCUUCGUUAAGACAAGAGCCUAUCAACUCUUUCAAAACCCAGACUUCCUAACAUUGAGCGAAUCGAUGGUACAAACGAUAAUGUCAAGCCGUCCUGAGGUCGCGGAGAUUAAAAAAUUCGAGGCCAUGUUGAAAUGGGCGAAUCAUAGGAUCAAAACGAAACCUACUAAGCUCGAUCCUAAACUUGAAUUUAAAUGUAUCAUGGAGAGACUAUGCAACGAUAUCAAUUUGUAUAGAAUACCUCCUCAAGAAUUGGUCAGGAUCGUUUUACCGUCAAAAGCCAUUGACAACGAAUUGAUCUUGAAGACGUUAAUGGUCCAAGCGAAAUCGGGGAUCUAUCGUAACGUUGACAGUUAUCUAGAAGCUUAUCAAGAGAACAUUCAGAAUCAAGAGAGUUUUGAUUACUAGCCAAGGGCUCGUGGUAGAUCGUCGAGUGAGCGACGUCGUGACAGAUUCACGGAGGAUUUACUCAAAUAGAUUGCUGUCUGAAGAGGGAGAGAGACAGACAGACAGACAGACAGAGAGAGAGAAAGAGAAGGAGAGGAGGAAGACGGAGAUAGAGAUAGAGAGAAUAUAAUACCUAUGAUUCGAUAUCAAGCUGACAGGCUUCUACUAGAGAAAUCGUGACCUCUCCCUCUUGGCGUAACUUAUGAUUAGAAACAUGCUACCAUGCUACUUGAUGCGUGGGAGUCGCACUAAUUAUACCUUCGCCAACUCUGACAAGCGUUGUGAUUGAUCAUCUGAAAUCGAAUAAGCUCGCACGUCGUCUACCAUGUUAAUCACUAAGAGAAUAUCGGACUACAAACAUUAAUUAUUAUUACCAUCUACGUAGUAUGUGUAUGUGUACGUGCCAUAUGUUUCGUAUAUACGAUAAUCAAUAUUUUCUCAUGUGCACGUAUUAAAUCGAUCGAAAUCAUUGAAAUAUAUUAUCGUUAACACUUCUUAGAUCGACGAUCUACGACGAUCUAUAGAGUGAAAACGAACGUUGAGAGAAAUUAAUCUAAUGAGCGAAAAUAAGAAGUGUCGUGAGGUUAAUUACGAUUGUGAAAAAAAAAGAAAAAUUCCUUUAAAAAAAAAAAAAAGAAAAGAAAAAAUUCCUUCGUCUCUUAAUUGAGCUAUCAUUGUGAGAAAGAAAGAAAGAAAGAAAGAAAGAAAGAAAGAAAGAGAUAGAUAGAUAGAUAAAUAGAUAGAUAGAUAGAUAGAUAGAUAAAUGGACGAAGAGAAUAAUACUUGGAUAAAACAAACGUACAGGAUUUUAAUUAAAAAAGAAAAACAGAAAUAAAUAAAUAAAUAAAUAUAUAUAUAUAUAAAUAAAUAUUAAUUAAAAAAAGAUAAGAACGUGCUCGAAUGAAUGAAUGAAUGAAUCUUAUCGAAGACCGCGAAUAUCCCGGAAUUAGUUAGGAGUUAAAGUACAUUGCAUAUUUAAUAUUAACAUAUAUACAUACAUAAAUAAAUAAAUACAUAAAUACAUACAUAUAUACAUACAUGCAUACAUAUAUACAUACAUAUACUGUUCUGGCAAAUUCAUAUGCACGGCGAUGUCGACACGGCCAAUAAGUUUUUUCGUUUAAAAAUUUGAAAGAACGUGAAUAAAUCAUUGAAAGAUCGUAAUAUGAAAAAAAAAGAAAAGAACAAAGAAGACAAAAAAAUGGAAAAUUCUUACUCGGCAAUCUAAAGGACACGAUGGAUUUUAUUCAAGGUCAACGAAAUCGAUUGCAAUUGAAUCACAUGCCGAACACGACAAUCUCUAUCAUAGAUAAAAAAUACAUUAUUGAUAAUAUAUGAUAAACGUUAAAGCUGGAUAAUUAAUUGGUAAGCGCCAAGAAUGAUUAUAUGAAAUAAAGGAAUGACGGCAAAAAUAAUAAUAACGCUGAAGUCGAAUAAAUGGAAAUAAUAAUAAUAAUAAUUAAUAAUAAUAAAUAAAUCAAUAAAUAAUAUUAAUAAUAAUAAGAUGAUGAAUUAAUGCGAUGUAAUAGCAACAUUAAUAAAUAGUUAAUAAUAAUAACGGACAACGUUGAUGUUAAAUGUGAGAUGAAAUAAACAAACAAAUAACAAAAAGAAUAAAAAAGAAAGAAGAAGAAAAAGAAGAAAAAAUAUUUAAAGUCUGUUCUGUUUUCUAUCGUAGAUUUUGUAUCUUCAAUACUCUAAGACGGAGAUUCUAAAAAAGAAAGAAAAAAAUAAAAAAUAAAAUUAAAAAAAUCGCAGGGACAGGCUGGUACAGUAAAUUCAUAUUAAGUGCGAUGACGAUGGUAUACAAAUUCGUAUGUUUACAAACAAACAAACAAAUAAGAAACAUAAUAACAAUAAUAACAAUAAUAAUAAUAAUAAUAAUAAUAAUAAUAAUAAUAAUAAUAAUAAUAAUAAUAAUAGUAAUAAUAAUAAUUAUUAUUAUAAUAGAUUCACGCGCGUAUAUAUGUAUCAUCUCGCCAUUCAUAAAAUUUUAUUCGAUAUUCGUGAUUGAAUUGAAUAAAAAAAAAUGAAUUAAAAUUAUGAGAAUUUGACCAAAAGAAAAAAAAAGACACAAUAAAUAAAUAUCCUGAAAAUCCUGAUCAAAAAAGCAUAUCAUAAAAUUUGAAUCCGUUGAUAUCGUCCAGCCUGUUUCCUGAGUUUUAUUAAAUGAUUGUAUUUAAAAAUCGAGAGAGAGACAGAGAGAGAGAAAGAGAGAGAGAGAGAGAGAAAGAGAGACAGAGGGUGCAAUGUGUUAUUUAUUGAUACAUGAAAAUAAAAGAGAUGUAGAAAAAGAGAGUUGCUAUUCUCAAAAGUUUGAAAAUGAGAGAAGGAAAAAAUAUUUUUUACGAGAUCCGUUCGCCGUUUCAUCAUAUAAAAAAAGAAAAAAAAAAACAUUAAUAUUUUCGAGUGACGCAGAUAUCACAUGCAUACACACAUACAUACACAUAAAAAAAAACUCUCUAAAACACAUUGUAGUUUUUUUUUGUUAUACUUGGAACGAUGAUAUCGCGAUGUGUGUGACUCAUUCAAAGAAAUAUAAUAUAUAUACAUAUGAUAAUAAAAAUUAAAAUAUAAUAAGAAUAAUAAAUAAUAAUAAAAAUAAAAAUAAUAGUAAUAAUAAUAAUAAUAAUAAUAAUAAUAAUAAUAAUAAUAAUAAUAAUAAUAAUAAUAAUAAUAAUAAUAAUAAUAAUAAUAAUAAUAAUAAUAGAGAGUGAUAAUGAUAUUAUUGGUAAUUAUAAUAAUGAAAAAAGUAAAAAAAAAAGAUAAUUCAUCGAUUCUUUCAAAAGCCGCCGCGAGGAAUUGCCAAAAAUGUUGUGUCUUAUUGUUCGGGCAAACGGCUGGACGAAAGUAGAUUUUCGAGGUUUUUUUUAUCGAACUACUCGCAUGGAUUUCUUCUUUUUUAAACCUAUUUUUAUAUAUGGUUUUUAUUCCAUCAUUCGAGCACAUUUUAAUAUUUUUAAAAAAGUAUUUGACGAGAGAAGGACAAAUGAAAUAUAUACUUUUGAUUUUUUAAUUCUAAUCGAUCAUAGGUCCUAAUCGAUCUAAUUCAAAUUAAUUAGAGCAUAUUUAUAUCGAUAUAUUAUUUUUAUGCUCGCAAACGCGACAAAGAAUCGUAGAAUUUAUUUUUUUUUCUCCUUUACUUUUUAACACAAACAAAAAAUAUGAUGAAUCUGCGAGGACAAAUUCAAGAUCAAGAUAUUUCGAAAUUCUACUUGAAAACCAGUGUAUAAACGUAGACGUUUUAGGAUACGAUUGUGAAAAGAGUAAAACGAAAAGAAAAACCAAAAAAAAAGAAUAAAAGAAAAAAGAAAAGAAAAGAAAAGAAAGAAAAAAUCGUAAUCGAUCAUUCGCCGUGUCGAUCAAAUACACGACUUGUCUAUUAUAUGUACGCAUCGUUAGUUUUUCUUGUUAGAAAGGGAAGAACUUGGAAGAAAGAAUUCCAUUAUCAUUAUCAUUAUCAUCAAAAAAAAAAAAAAAACAUCGCACGAUAUCGAUCAUCGAAAAUGAGUUUAGCGAAUGCGAGGAUCGCCGAGGACAGAAUUUUGAUACUAUCUACUACUAAUCUAUCGCUCUCGCUUAUGCUCGUAAAAUAUUUCAAGGAAAAUUAUUCUUAAUUGAUUAUUAAUUCUAAUAUCACUUUGAUAUCGUUCUAAAACAUUCUUACUAAUAUUUUUAUAAUUUUAUUAAUGAAAGAAAAAAAAAUCUUAUAAUCAAAGAUCCUCUUUAUUUUAUUAUUAAAUUUCUAAAUGCAAUGUAUUAAUUACAAUAGAUCAAUACUAUUAAUAAUUUUAAUUUAAUUAAUUAUUAUAAUUACGAUUAAUCGAUAUUACCAUUAAUUCUAUGAUUUAUGAUUUAACAAUUUUAAUAGGAAUCUUUUGAUUAUAAUAUAUUAAUUUUAUUAUUAAUUAUAUAAUUAAUCUCGUAAUUACAAAUCCCAUAGAUAUCUCUCUGUUGUUUUUAAUUAUCAAAUCGAUAAUUAAUCUUUUAACAAUCCAAGUUAAAAGAUCAGAAAUAUUAGAAAAUUAAAUACGAAUAUUGUCCUUGAAUUUUUACGAGUUCUGAAAAAAAAAAAAGAUAAAAUUCUGUGCACCGCGUCGUCCGACAGGAGCGGACUUGUACCUGAACGUAUGCAGAUAUCACAAAUCAGUACAAAUGUGCGCCUGUUGUAUGUAUUCACUUUUCCUCUCACGUUCACCGCGUGAACACGGUAAUGUACAAAAAUGAUCUUCGUUCAACCAAACUCGACGACGCUCUCAAAUAUAGUUCGAUACAAAUUUAAAGAGAAAGAAAGAGAGAAAGAGAGAGAAACAGAGAGAGAAAGAGAAUGAAUAAAAACAUUUAAAAAAGGACGUGUACGUGUAUGUGUGCGUGUAUGUGUAUAUGUGCGUAUGAGAGAAAAAUAUCAGAAAAGAGAAAUAUAAGAAUAAAUGGAAAUGAGUACGAGUAAGUACGUGUGUCGUACGUGUGCGUGAAAGAGAGAGAAAGAGAGCGAGCGAGCGAGCGAGCGAGAGAGAGAGAGAGAGAGAGAGAGAACAAGAGCAAAAAUCGAUCGAUCUAUCGAUCGAAAAAUACUUUGUCGAACGCUAUUCUGUCCAGUCAUUGCCGCCUACUGUUCAAACUGUACGUGUACUCACACAGAUACAUACAUAUAUACACAUAAUGAAAAAAGGAAAACUAAUAAACUACUACAUUGAAAAAAUAAUGGGAUAACAUAAAGAUAUGUACGAGCGAAGUAAUUGUAUGUAAUAUAGUUAAUAUUACAUAAUAUGCGCGCGCAUGAAAGCACGCACACGUAACGCAAGAAUUACAUAUAUAUAUAUAUAUAUAUAUAUAUAUAUAUAUAUAUAUAUAUAUAUGUAUAUAUAUUAAUAAAAACAAUUAUAUUUAAAAAAAAGUUAACACGCAUGAAAUACCACGUGAGCGAAUCGCGGCGAGUAUAGAGAGAUAUAAUUGAUUGAUCAUGAAUUUUUAGAGUUCAAGAUGAAAAAAGAAAUUACAAGAAAAAGAAAAAUGAGAAAAAAGAGAAAAGGAAAGCAAGAAUUAUUUUCUAAGCGUGCGAGUUAGAAUAAAAAUAUUUCGUCGAAGUAUCUUGGAUCUCUCUUUUUGUGUGGAUGUAAAUUUGGAAUAAGUAUAAUCAAUAUGGCGGUGACGGUGUAGUAAAUCUGUUUCUUCUUCUUUUUUUUUUAAUAUUUGCAAUACGCCGUAUAUAUGUUGUCGAUCAUUAUCGUUCACGUUGAUCAUCGUUAUAAUUAGUCAACUAAUUAACUAAUUAAAGUAAACUAAACUAUACUAAUCUAAAGUAAACUAAAGUAAACUAAACUAAUCUCUGUCCUUAUCAAAACGAUUGCCGCUGCCAUUGAAUUUUUCAUCGUCAUUGUUGUUGUUGUUGUUGUUGUUGCCAUUGUUGUUAAACUAGUCACGAGAUGUAUACUCGUACGUUACGUGAUCGAUCGAUCAAUCAAUCAAUCUAUCGAUCAAUCAACCAAUCAAUCAAUCAAUCAAUCUAUCUUUCUUUCUUUCUUUCUUUCAUACGCAUCUCGUACAAAACGAGAAUCAAUCGAUCGAUCACGUAUAUACGUCAAUUUUGACAACUCCGAAAAGCGUGCUCGGUGUUAAAAAUGGAUUUUAGAUAGUAUUGUCUAAUGUUUCACAAUAUUUUAUUCAAUUCACGAUGGAAUUAAUUGAUUAAUCAUUAGUUGAAUGAAUGAUGAUCAAUAAUUGAUAUUCUCGUCGUCGUUAAAUCAAUAAUGCUUUUCUUAAAUUAUUACCAUUAAAAAAUAUUAAUUAUGAGGAUAAUAGUUAGAUAAGAAUGUAUCUACGGAAUAUUUCGUCAAUGAUUCGUAGAUUUUGUGUCUACGAAUAAAAUGAUUCAAUUAUUUUAUAUUUCUACGGAUUAGUAUAAUCAAUGAUUUAUAUACUAAUCUACGUAGAGAUUCGUCAAUGAUUAAAACUCGUUGAUUAAUUGACUAAUUCUUCCCUAAACACAAAUCAUUGACGCAACAACAUCGUAGACUCGUUCUCGUCUCACUUAAUUUUUCAGUAAUAAUAACAAUUAAAAAAAGAAGAAAGAAAAACAAUAUUAAUUUCAGGACAAUAAGAAUUUCAAUUAUAGAUCAUUUUAAUUCAAUUAACAAUUAAAUAAAUAACUUGAUCGCGAUCGUUAAUAAAAUCUUGUUAAAACAUUGGUAUCGUCGAUAAGAAUCGGAUAGAUCGAUCGACCGAUCGAUCGAUCGUUCGUUCGUUCAUUCGUUUAAAAUAAGAAUGUGUCAAGAUUAAUACGAUAUUCUAAGUUUGCGUCUAUCAUCCGAAAGGAAACGAUAUAAAUAAAUCCUCAUAGAUCUUUCGCAAAGAAUCCUUAAGAAUCUCGUAAACUCUUGUAAUUAUUUCUAAAUGAUCGUUGGUUGAAAUAGAUCAUCCGUUUCACGCGUUAUCCCAUCGCAUUUAUCGUGAUGUGCUCUCAUUAAACUGUUUCUAUAACGAUCCGUGAGAAACUGUCUUCUCAUUAUAUUAACCUGAUCUUCUUAUUCCGUGUCUAUAAACUUGAGAUCUUCUCCAUAUUGAAUUCAUAGGACCUGGAGAGAGAUCAUUUCUUUUUCUCUUUCAUUUUUCUCUUUAUUUUAUUUUCUUUCAUUUCUUAUUUUUUUUUAUUAUUUCUUUAUUUCAAUAAAUAAUUUCCAAAUGUAUAUCAGAGUAUACAUUGAGUAGAGAAACGAUUUGAUAUUCGACAUACUAAUGCACCAAUGAUACGAUGCAAAUGAAUUUUAUGCAUUUACUUUAAUGAGAAAGAAUGAGAAUGAGAGAGAGAGAGAAAGAUGGCGAUCGUGUGAAAAAAAGAAAAGGAAAUUGUUGUGCUAUCAAUUGACCUAAUCGCACAAUGUAUUAAAUAUGCAAUUAUUUAAGCGAUCCUGUCGUUUAUAUUCUAUUGAUAUGUUGUAAUUUGAAAAGGAAAAGAAAAGAAAAGAAAAAAGGGAAAAUAAAAGAGGAAAAGAAAGAAGAGAAAAAAAGAAAUUAAUUAAAGCAACUCUUCCAACUCGCCGUGUCACGCUUGCGUGGUAAAAAUUGUAUGCGCGAAUGAAAUCAUAAACGAGAACGUAAUGUAUAUGAAGCUACUGUGAUGUUACUGUUGAAUAUAAAAAAAAAAUAUAUAUACAUACAUAUA